GGUCCGCAGAGGCAGGGGGAUGGCUUGCGCGGCCUCCGGGGUCGGCGGCACCUCGGGUGGGCCACGUCCGGUUUCCCGGCCUCGGUUCCCGUGUCCCUAAAACCGGAACGAGAAUAGGGCUUCGAGACACUACCGCGUCUAAGUCCCUCCAGAACGUCGGGCCCGUGUUGGUCUGACCCGGUCUGAGGUCCGGAGGCGCCAGCUGGGUCUGGGGGGUCGCUGUGAUGGAUUCCCUGGCAGCGCCCCAGGACCGCCUGGUGGAGCAGCUGCUGUCGCCGCGGACCCAGGCCCAGAGGCGGCUCAAGGAUAUUGACAAGCAGUACGUGGGCUUUGCCACGCUGCCCAACCAGGUGCACCGGAAGUCAGUGAAGAAGGGCUUCGAUUUCACGCUCAUGGUGGCCGGUGAGUCGGGCCUGGGGAAGUCCACACUGGUCCACAGCCUCUUCCUGACCGAUCUGUACAAGGACCGGAAACUUCUCAGUGCUGAGGAGCGCAUCAGCCAGACUGUAGAGAUCCUGAAGCACACUGUGGACAUCGAGGAGAAGGGUGUCAAGCUGAAGCUCACCAUUGUGGACACCCCGGGCUUUGGGGAUGCUGUAAACAACUCUGAGUGCUGGAAGCCCAUUACUGACUACGUGGACCAGCAGUUUGAGCAGUAUUUCCGUGACGAGAGUGGCCUCAACCGCAAGAACAUCCAAGACAACCGUGUGCAUUGCUGCCUGUACUUCAUCUCUCCAUUUGGGCACGGGCUGCGGCCAGUGGACGUGGGUUUCAUGAAGGCUCUGCAUGAGAAGGUGAACAUCGUGCCCCUCAUUGCCAAAGCUGACUGUCUGGUCCCCGGUGAGAUCCGGAAGCUGAAGGAGCGGAUCCGGGAAGAGAUUGACAAAUUCGGGAUCCAUGUGUAUCAGUUUCCUGAGUGUGACUCAGAUGAGGACGAGGACUUCAAGCAGCAGGAUCGGGAACUGAAGGAGAGUGCACCUUUCGCCGUAAUCGGCAGCAACACGGUGGUGGAGGCCAAGGGCCAGCGAGUCCGGGGGCGACUGUACCCCUGGGGGAUCGUGGAGGUGGAGAACCAGGCGCAUUGCGACUUCGUGAAGCUGCGAAACAUGCUCAUCCGAACACACAUGCAUGACCUCAAGGACGUGACGUGUGACGUGCACUACGAGAACUACCGUGCACAUUGCAUCCAGCAGAUGACCAGCAAACUGACCCAGGACAGCCGCAUGGAGAGCCCCAUCCCCAUCCUGCCACUGCCCACUCCCGAUGCUGAGACGGAGAAGCUUAUCAGGAUGAAGGAUGAGGAGCUAAGGCGCAUGCAGGAGAUGCUGCAGAAGAUGAAGCAGCAAAUGCAGGACCAGUGACCCUGCCCCAGCUCCACAUUGCCAUGGAUAUACUGCCAGUUUCUGGACUGGCCCUUCCCACCCCUGGACCCCGACUGGCCUGGAUUUGACCCUGGAUUCAUCUGGAUCUCUGACAGGCCUGGACACAACCCCAAUCCCAGAGUGGCCUAGACCCAGACUGUUCCUGACCUGACCCAGAGACGUGGGGUCACAACCCCCAGCCAACCCUAAUUUAUUCUCAGAAUCAGCCCCUCCCCUCAUUUGUACCUGUCUCCAUGGGCCCUGGGCAAUGGCCCUCACUCUGGCCUUGGGGGAGCAGGAGCUAGGUUGGGCUGUGACUUUUGAGAUUUUACUCCCACCCCAGAUCACAGCACUCAGACUCCAGGCCCUAUCAGACAGGCAGGCAAACUAAGGCAGAAUAGGGGAGCAGAUCCUGGGGGUCUCAGUCCUAUUCCCUCAGCCCAGUGCCACCGCACAGACUUGGGAGCUGUGUUCCCCUGCUCUGGUGGUCCACCCAGCAUAUGCUGAGACCUCACUUUGUGUGGAUGUGGGCCAGGUCCUCUCUUCCUCCUCACCCGGUAGCUCAGCAGGCAGGUGGGACACCCGAGGCAUUUAGGAUCCUUCCAGACCUAAGGAGGCCAGCCCACUGCAGGCCAGGAUGGAGGCAUGGGGCUGGGGUGCCUGUAUAGCCCACGCCCCUCCCCCACAGCUGCAGUUUGUGGAGGGCUCCAGGAGCAGUGAGCUGUGGGCCAUCCCCUGGCAACCUUGAUGCCUAGACUGCUGUUCCCUGCCUUCGGCUGGGGGUCCCUUUUACCCAGUAUCAUUGUUGCCCUGGGUUCCCUAGCCCUUGGCCCAGCCCACCACCCCUCCACCCGCAUGA